AAUUGAUGAAGAGGGCAAAGGUCAACUGGUUUCAUUUACCGAAGUACACACGAGAAGGCAGAAGAACGCGGUGAUUUGAGUAUGUGAUCCACCCACACAGCGUCUGGAGAGGAGGUACACACCGUGUGGGCGUGGGACGGUCGGCUCGCUGGUGGGAAAGUUUGAGAGGGGACUUCCGAAUCAAACACGACUACCAGUCAGGGGAGAUACAUCGUGCUGAAAAUCGCCGGAACUUUGGUGACAAAGACAAGAACAGAUCCCUUACUUCAGCGAGGUGACAGAUGGAUGAAGAAUCUAUGCAUAUGAAUGGUGUUGAGUAACCAACUUGUCAGUCCGUGAUUUUUGCUUGGCCGAAUUGUGAAGACGUCGAGAGUGGUGACCGCAUAUUGAGCAGUGAUCGGGGCCCUGGUUCACACGUGUUGUUGUCGACAGUCGAGCUGUUCCACAAUUUUGGAAGUCAAAGUAUUUACAGUCUACUCAGACUCGCAAGCGCCAAAGCCCCGUCAUCAACUCGAAACGGCCUUCUGGAGGUAUAUUAACAGCGAUGACUGAGAUGCUGUGAUCACCAAGACACACGGAGAAGAUGCCCUCCAAAGGUGACGUCUACAUGUUCAGGAGAAACUACACCCUCCCCAGAAUCAAACGAAAUGGCCUGGCCCUCACGCCACUGUACGCUCUAUGUGCGAGCGUGUUCCCGGGUUUUACAACCACCGAGUUGUCCCAAAAGUUCAUGUCUCUUGGGACUACGCUGUACAAGCCGAAUGGCCAGGAAGUCAAGGAGAUUAAUUCCAUUCGUGGCUUCAAAGGUCCCGGUCGCUGUUGUAAAGAAAGCAUCUUGAUUCCUAUCACCGACCUGAACGAAAACUAUUCACAGCUAUGCAGAGAGUAUCGCAAGGAGAGAAGAGCGUUACUCAAUCCUGAAGAAGAGGCUGCGAAAGACGAGACCACGGGUAAUGGUAGCAUCUCUACAGGCAACUCAAAUACGAAUCCAACAACAGUGCCAGGGGAACAACAGGGAACACAAGAAGGUAAACCAAAGAGUAAACCAAAGAGCAGCUUGCGAAAGCUGCGUAUAGACGACCUCUGGGUAGGCGAUACAACACCUCGCAUCCCGCUGACACAACAGCAGUCACCUGCGAACACGGCGCCGCUCCAAACUGGCAAAAGUGUUGCCGCAAGCAGUCACACAGCUGAUAGUGCCAAUAGUUCACCAAUAGAUGACUCAAUAGUAGAACAUCGCGAUCUGCCCGCUGGUGUUGCCACAAACAAAAACACUGUCGACCAGGUCACGCACAAAGAGAAUGUCAGAGAAAGGCGACCAUCCAGUCAACACCCUGCACGCCACAUCGGGAGCAUCAGCCUCAGCACAGGGAAGAAGAUAGACGUUGUGCGGAGGAUCAGGAUCUAUGUUCGCGCCAGAAGCAUCACUUCAGCCGUACCCGGAUUCAAUAGAGAUACACUGAAGAAGCUGUGCUGUAUCUUUGGCCUAGAAUGGUUUAUUGUGAACACAGCGGAGAAUGCGGUAAUGAAGUGCUUUGAAGAGAUAUCAAACAGGAAACCUCUUUGCCCGAUGCUUGUGCGAACGAAUAGUUUGUUGCCGUUGUUCUCACUGCUGGCAUUCUUAGAAGAACAUUUCAGCAAGGUAGAGUCAAAGCAGAGACCAACGAUGAUGAAAGCCAUCGAGACGGCAAGGGCAGAAUUGGCCAAGACGCCGGAAUGGAUUGGAGCGGUUGAUAUCAACGGCCACAGUGUUACCCGUGUAGUCCUGGACGGCAAAGUGUACUUCUCUGGACGUCAGGUUCUCUCAGCAGUUCCGAACACACAGCAGCCUGAUCAGGAGACAUCCUCUGAGUCUGACACCAACAGCGUGAUGAGAAUCGUCAGUGUCUUCACAACUGGGAUAGAGUACGUCCUCGGGCCACCUGCCGUUCUGAAAGUUCUAGAUGACACAACCAGUGCCCAACACGUUACGUCGAAUGACUUCUGGGUUUUCAAGGUAGGAGACGAAAAACUGUUUCACACCGUUCUGAGACAGUUGGUAGACGGACGUCCUGCCACAUGUCUUCCUGAAGCAGUUUCCGCGACGUCCAAAGACCAGAGCAACCGCGACGUCAGGGAAACGAAACGAUAUGCGGGGACCUUCUACUUGAAAACCCAUAGUAAGAACUGCAAGAAGCAGAUUCCCUGCGCACCUUUACGGUGCAUAGUUCUUAACGAGAGGAGGUAUUGCUUCCUGUCCGAGGUUCAUCAUCUGGUUCCACAUAAGUCAAAGGAAGACAUUUUGGAGGUAUGUUUUGCACUUGGUCUACGUACUACGUCUACUCCUGAGAGGAUUGAGGUUCCGGGCAGAGCCACACUGUUGAAGAUCCUCCAGAUUGUGAUGGGUCUGCCCGGUGACCAAUAUCCAGCCUCAGUACAGGGGAGUGUAGAUGGCGAAGGCAGCUCAUGUUCAACUGAAGAAUCUCCUGGUACACGCGUGCUUGAGUCACCGUCCGAUCUGAAUCCAGAAAAGCACUCGGUGUCUGGUCAGAGCCAACAACACUCGGAUGAAGGGUUCGUCAUAGACACGUGUUCAUCACGGGACAUCCCAGACACGGGUUCUGUGCCUCCCGGGACUGGUGUUCACGACAUGUCACAUCACAUCUCAAAUGGCACGUCGGAGACACCAGUAGGCGUAGACAGGGACGCCUGUGCGCCCAUGGAGAGUGAUGAGAGCGUCUACGACAAACCACAUGACUUCGACCUGCCACAUGAAUCCACAAAUGGUAUGUCUUCAGAGACACCGGUAGGCGUAGAAGGAGACACGUGUGAACCCACGGAAGAGGAUGGGAGUACCUACGGCAUGCCAUAUGACUCCACAAAUGGUACGUCGGAGACACCAGUAGGCGUAGAAGGAGACACGUGUGAACCCACGGAGGAGGAUGGGAGUACCUACGGCAUGCCAUAUGACUCCACAAAUGGUACGUCGGAGACACCAGUAGGCGUAGAAGGAGACCAUUGUGAGCCCUCGGAGGAGAAUGGGAGUGCCUACGGCAUGCCAUAUGACUCCACAAAUGGUAUGUCGGUGACACCAGUAGGCGUAGACGGAGACACAUGUGAGCCCAUGGAGACUGAUGGGAGUGUCUAUGCUGACGUCAUGCCAAGUGACUCCUUAAAUGGCGCGUCGCAGACAUCAGUAGGUGUAGGCGGAGGCACUUGCGAGCCCAUGGAAAGUGAUGGGAUUGCCUACGACAUGCCACAUGACCCCACAAAUGGUACGUCAGAGACACCGGCAGGCUUAGACGGAGACACUUGUGAGCUCAUAGAGAAGGAUGGGAGUGUCUACGACAAACGAAAUGACUACGACAUGCCACACGAGUCCACAAAUGGUAUGUCAGAGACAACGGAAGGCGUAGACAGAGACGCCUGUGGGCCCACGGAGAGCGAUAGGAGCGUCAACAACAUGCCACAUUACUCCACAAACGGCACGUCGGAGACACCAGUAGGCGUAGGUGGAGACACUUGUGAGCCCAUGGAGAGUGAUGGGAGUGCAACUUUAACCAUUUCAAAUGCCAUUUGCAAUGUAAAGAAGGAGAUGUCUGACUACCCGUCACCAUAUAGUAACAUGCAUCAAGCAGAGGACAACUCGUGGUCUGAAAGCAUUCGAAAGACACCAGAAGACAUCUUAGAGGAACCCCCUCGUAAGAGACAUUGUACCUCUCUUGGUUAUGAUCCCGAUGCUGAAGAGAGAAUCACAAUGUCUAUAGCUAAUGAUGUGUCUACAGAAAUAACGAGUCCGAGUCCCGUGGAAGGUCCACCAACCCCUCACCCUAGUCAAGCUACAGUCAGACAAGCACGAUCGGAUAGUUUUGCAGGAGCAAAUAACACUGAAGAGGCAAAGAUUGAUAAUGCCAACAGUGCGAACACAAAUGGUGGUAUGGCUUGGGAAAACUCCAUUCGUAUUUCUAGUUGCUGGAGUUCUGCCUCUGAAGAGCGCUCAGAAACACCCCGUCGACGACAACCGUCGCACUCCGUAGUGUCUGAAAGAGAUCAGUUGAAGAGUGAACUUAGAUGGGAGACUGUGGGGGAAGGUGCUCCGAUUCCAGUCGUAGAGAGGGGAGGAUCGCGCUUCGUCCUUAGUUUGGACAUGGCGUCUCUGCUUCGAGGCGUGGACGCGUUCGAGCUCAUGGACGCUCUCGAACAGUUGGAGCUUAGCAUCGUCCCCUGCAGUCCGGAGGUUGGCGCAUGUUUCUCUAAAGCCGGGAAGACGAUGGAGCAGUGUAAAAGGAUGGUUAAGCUUAACAUGACACUGCGAGCUACUGUGAAGCUGCUCCACAUGAUCGUCAAAGAGAAAAGGCAGCAACUUCAGCAAGAUAACAUGACUGCCGUUAGUGACCAACAUUCAGAGAAGACGCAGACUCCAGCGGAUAAGCCUGAAGAAGAGUGUGCGACCACGUCGACAACGGAACGCCCGUAUUCAAGAGCUUCCACCGUCUCAGUGAAAAGUGAAACUUCGUUGCAGAGCAACCCUUGUGCGUUAGCUGAAGAAAACAGCCAAACGGAGCCACCAAAUACUGCAGAGGUAUCUGAUAAGCCAGGGAAAGGAAAAGGAAAUGCCGAAAAUGCGUCUCCUCUGUUUAGUUUACUAACUGGGCGGCGAAAUAUACCAAAGGAAAUGCGUAACAGUGUAGCUUCACCUAAUGUGUCCGAACUUCCACAAAGCCAUGCCCAAAACACACAGUCUGCGAGCAUACAUCGUUUGCCAACUUCGAGCGUGCAAGGUUUGACGACGGGACAGCAAAGGUUGCCAUGGGACAUAAGGGACGGUGACAGGUGCAAUUGUAGAAGGUGUAACAGUGCAAAUGUGCCCGAAAUGUGCAACAACACAAUCUCGUCAAAUGCGGCUGAAACUCGACAAAGCCAUGUCGGAAAUGCACAUUCCAUGCUUGGUCUACCAACGAAACAGCAGCACAGGCCAUCAGGAAGCUCACCAAAUAUGCCCAGACCCCAACAAGGCCAUGCUAGGGGUCCAGCUACACCGCUAGUACCAACGAGCCACUACUCUCCACCUUUACCAAGAGGAGACACCAUAUCAGCGGCUAGUCCGUUUGACCAGCGCGACAUGUCUCCUCCAAAUGGGGCACAACCACAAGGGAGAUCACACGUCAAUAACUUCCAACGCGCACAAGCAGUGUACACAUCACCUAGUAGUCAGCAGCAACACGUGAUGCGAUCCAGAAGCUCCACAGAAAGGGCAGGUGGACCUGUUGGGUCUCUCAGCCAGCUCGCUGCAGUGGCUAACCGUGAGUUCUCCCCACCCCAUCCCCAUGCACUGCCCAGCUACAGCCUCCAUGUCGACCAUUCUGCCUUUAUGCCAUAUACACGAACGCAGCCUAGAGAUGUGGCCCCAACUCAUCAUUACCAGAACCAACCGGUUCCCGGGCCCAGACAUCAGGUCGAGAUCAGCUACUCAGUGUCUGCCCAUGGGCAUGGCCCUGGACUCACUCCUCCCACCCCCACUCACCAUCAGCUGUGGGCCAGACAUCUUACUCCUCCGUCACCGAGAGAUGGUCCCCCGCCGUACUCUGUACACCAGCAUCACAACGUGCCAUCGGCGGCCCGUCAGAAAGGCACCGACAGUCAACAACCACGGCAUCGUCGGCCGUGAGACCAUGGUUCUGCCAGCUGUGUUGUAGCGAUGUCUAGUCAGAGAUACGAUAGCGUUAGAUACGGCAAAUGGAAAUAGAAUAAUCAGAAAUCUGGUCGUCACGACUUUAUCGCGUAAUUGGACGUAACGUUUGUCGUGUUAGAAUGUUGACAUCUUCUGAGGUUUUCAAAGCAAAGACUCAUAUCAAUUCCUACGUCAAUAUUUCUUGGUUAGGGCCAGAACCUGCAAGUUGUUGCUUGCACGACUUAAAGACAGUGUAUUUAUCCAAGCCUUAAAGGGCUUCAACAUUCCAGCAGGUCUCAUGAUCUGAUAUAAGAUUCACGUACAUCAAUACGUCACUUAGAAAAAUGAUUUUUGUCUAUGUUAUAGUGGCAUUUUAUGAUAGUGGAUGCAGGUAGUUGUUAGGAUCCUCUAUCUUUUUCAAUGCUUUAUUGUUAGGUACAUUUCCCUUUGUUUUCGUUCAACGUUUUACACUUUUACACUUUCAUGUAUUAACCUAACUGAUGAGUAUCUCACGUUAUUUCUAUACAUUAUCAAUCCUAACUUUCUAUAUAUUGUCAUGGUUAAAUGAAAAGCAACUGUAUUUCAUAUUUCGUGAUGCAUUUCUUGAACACACACCAUUCAUGAUAAAUGAAAGUCAUAACAUUUAUCAUUGCGUAGAUUAGGCAAAAUGGUAAUGACCUUUACCUAGUCUAACACAGCACAUGACAGCUUUAUGACUUUUGCUUUGUUACACAGCAACUAGCAAUAUAAAUACAGAUGCUUUUCAUUGUGUUGGCCUGUAGAUCAGGUACGCAUCCAGACAACAAUUUAGUGUUAUGGCUUUUUAUUGUACGGCCUAGGACCCCAACAUGUACAAAAGUUGGUUUUAUCUCUUUUAAACCUCUUUUAAGCCCCUUUUAGCUACAGGGCUGAGUAGAGUAGAGUAGAGUAGUUUUAGUUCAUAUAACUUUUGAAUUUAUCUCACAACAUCGAGUACAUGUAUAUUGAAUAGUACAUUUUUCUGUCAAAAUACUGGACACGUUCUAUCACGAACGGAGACACCAAGGAGGUUUAAAAAAACUCAUCGGAGGCACACAGAAACAGGGAUCCAUGACUUUAAAACGAGCAGAACUGGGAUGGCAUUGCUUUUUAUCAUUGACUAACGUUAACCCUUCGUUAUCAUAUCAUCUGUUCUCGUAGAUUUCACUGCUACAAUGUUGUUAGUCACUGUUGUGCAUUAAAUAUUUGUUUUUGUUCCUGAAAU